UCCGGUGUGGGAUAAUAGAAGGAACACAGUUAUAUGAAGCCCUCGGUGAUGAUGCUAUUGCCGAGCGUUUGUUUCUCUUUUUCUGUAUAAGUUCAAAGCUUUCAGUUUCAUAACCAAAACAAAAAAGCUGAAUCCCUACACAUAGAAUCGCUUUCUUCCGAGUAAGUAUUUCUGUUUCACAGCUUUUGGAUGCAGCGCGGCCCCCAUUCACGUUAACACUGUUAUCUCUCCGAGAAGCUUUUUAGUUUCCAUUUCUUUAUUUUCUUCAGGGUUGGCAGAACUUGAAUUGCUUAGAGAGGAAAUUUGUUGUGUCAAUUAGGUAGUUUGUGCUGACUUUGUGCAAGUGGAUAUGGAACCAUAAGUUUUGACAGUAUGGAUGAAGAAUUGGUUGAUGAGGGGACCAGAUUGGGGGUUGAUGAGGGUGUGCAAUAUCAGAACAAAGAUGAAGAAUAUUCACUAAACCCUGAAUGCCACAAAAUAUUAAAACCCCAAGAAAUACAUAAUGACUACUCUCAGAUCCCACAAGGUAAGAAUGUAGUUGAAGCCGCCACAGGCCAUGUCGCAGCGUCAGAACAUCUGCGUCCAAGUCAUUUUUUGGAUGAUGCUGGUACCAUGGUUGAAGAGUUAACAGUGAAAAGUUAUAAUGGUUCAAGCCUAGAUAUUGGUACAUCGAACAUUCGAGAGCCUAUGUAUAAUAGCCAGAGUCAAUGGCGGCACCUUUAUCAGCUAGCUGGUGAUUCAGCAAUGGGAAAUUCACUAAGUGAUGGUGGGUACAGAAAUAGUGUUCAAGCUACAUCUAGUGUUCGGGAAGAUAUUGGGCCGACAUCUUUCCCAGAGAGAUUAGCUAGAAAAUCACUCAGUGAUGAUCAGAGCAAUGUCAUGGAACACUUGACAACUGUUGAACAUAAAGCUGAGCACAAGGAGGAUGCAGGUGAUGCUUGUGGAGGAAUACGAACGAAAAUUAUAUCCAAAUCAGGAUUUGCCGAGUAUUUUAUUAAAAAUACAUUGAAGGGAAAGGGUAUUGUGUGUAAAGGUCCAUCUUCUAAUGGCUCAUGUGUUGAGUCUAGAGAUCAGAAUCUGAUAAAGGCUGGCAUUGGCACUCAGAUUGAUUCUAAUGUAUCACUGAGCUCUGGUUCAAAGACUGCAAAGUCUCCUCAUAAUGCUACAGCACCAAGAUCUGGUGGGUCUGACUGUGAUGGUGUGACUUUGAGAGAAUGGUUGAAAGCUGGGCGCCGCAAAGGAAGCAAAACAGAGCAUUUAAUUAUAUUUAGAAAGAUUGUGGAUUUGGUGGAUGACUCUCACUCUCAGGGAUUUGUGCUGCACAACCUGUGCCCAUCUUAUAUUAAAUUGUUACCUUCAAACCAGGUUAUGUACCUCGGGUUGCCAAUUCAGAAACAGACAUUAGAUAGUGUUGCGAAUUCUGAAGUUCUUCAGUUAAAGAAUUCUUUUAAUAGAAAAGGGCAGUCAGAGCAUGUAAUAUCUCCCUCUCUUGAUAUGCGGUCGAAGAAACAAAAAUUUAAUGAGAAUGUGAGAGUUGUCCGUGAUUGGAGUCAGUGCCCUCUGAGGUCUGACUUGCAUCUUCAAAUUGCUAAUGAUAUCAAGGUUAAUGCAUUUGGAUCACAAGAUUAUUGCAAUGAAUAUAAGGAAGAUAUCCAAUUUUCUAAGCAUAAUAAUUGGAGAAUGUCUAGCAUCCCUCACAUAUCUAAUGCAGGUCAAUUGCCGUUGGCUUCUUUAAAUGAAAGAUUGGAAGAUAAGUGGUAUACAAGUCCAGAGGGAGGUUGCACUACAUCAUCAAAUAUCUACUGUCUGGGAGUCCUCUUUUUUGAGUUACUUAGCCAUUUCAACUCAGAAAGAGCGCAUAUUUCAGCAAUGUCUGAUCUUCGUCAUAGGAUUCUUCCUUCAGUUUUCCUAUCAGAAAAUCCUAAGGAGGCUGGAUUUUGUCUUUGGAUGCUGCAUCCUGAAGCAUCAUCACGUCCGACAAUAAGGGAGAUCCUACAGUCUGAAGUGAUUAAUGGAAUGCAGGAGGUAUAUAGUGAGGAAUUAUUAUCAAGUCUUGACCAAGAUGAUGCAGAAUCAGAAUUGUUAUUGCAUUUCCUCAACCCACUAAAAGAGCAGAAGCACAAAGAUGCCUACAAAUUGGUAGAAGAAAUCCAAUGCUUGGAAUCAGAUAUACAGGAGGUGGAGAGGAGACAUGACUUAAGAAAAUCCUUGGUUUCCUAUAGCUUGCAGAAUGAUUCCUCUUGUCAAAUAGAGAGUGCGUCUAUUAAUGAAGAACCUUCAAGUUCAGAAACAUUACUGCCAAUAUCCACAAUUUCUAAUGCAAAUGAACUGCGAUUGACCAGAAACAUAUGCCAGCUUGAAAAUGCUUACUUUUCCAUGAGAUCCAAAAUUAAGCUUCCUGAAACAGAUGCUGCAACUCACCCAGAUAAAGAUAUACUGAGAAAUUGUGAGAACUGGUAUGUGGCCCAAAAAGACAAGGAACAACGUGAAAUGACAGAUACUUUAGGAGCCUUCUUUGAUGGUUUGUGCAAGUAUGCACGUUAUAGCAAGUUUGAAGUGCGGGGUGUACUAAGAAAUGCUGAUUUUAACAAUCCUGCUGCAAAUGUAAUCUGUUCUCUGGGUUUUGAUAGGGAUGAAGACUACUUUGCUGCUGCUGGGAUAUCAAAGAAAAUAAAAAUUUUCGAGUUUAAUGCACUUCUCAAUGACUCUGUUAAUAUCCAUUAUCCUGUAGUUGAGAUGUCAAACAGAUCAAGGCUCAGUUGUGUUUGCUGGAAUAACUACAUUAAGAACUAUCUUGCCACUACAGACUAUGAUGGUAUAGUUAAGCUAUGGGAUGCUAGUACAGGUCAAGGGUUUUCUCAAUUCACCGAACAUGAAAAGAGGGCUUGGUCUGUUGAUUUCUCUCGGUUAUGCCCUACAAAAUUUGCCAGUGGUAGUGAUGAUUGUUCUGUGAAGCUGUGGAGUAUCAGUGAGAGAAACUGUUUAGGAACAAUCAAGAAUGUUGCUAAUGUCUGCUGCGUUCAGUUCUCUUCUCAUUCCUCUCAUUUGCUGGCCUUUGGAUCUGCGGAUUACUCAACUUAUUGUUAUGAUCUACGCAAUCUUAGAAGCCCCUGGUGUGUUUUGGCUGGCCAUCGUAAAGCUGUAAGCUAUGUCAAAUUCUUGGACUCUGAAACACUUGUUUCUGCAUCAACCGAUAAUACAUUAAAGAUCUGGGAUCUCAACAAAACCUCUCCUGUGGGUCCAUCUUCUAGUGCUUGCAGCUUAACCCUGUCAGGACAUACUAAUGAGAAGAAUUUUGUGGGUUUAUCAGUUGCUGAUGGAUAUAUUGCAUGUGGUUCAGAAACAAAUGAGGUUUAUGCCUACUACAGAUCUCUUCCCAUGCCAGUCACUUCGCACAAGUUUGGGUCCACUGAUCCCAUUUCUGGUAAAGAGACUGAUGAUGACAAUGGCCAGUUUGUUUCAAGUGUUUGCUGGAGAGGGAAAUCAGACAUGAUUAUUGCGGCCAAUUCAAGUGGAUGUAUAAAAGUUUUACAGAUGGUUUGAGAUAAAGUUAGCCCUUGAUGACGACUCUGUUAGAGUUUGUGCAAUCCUGCAGUUUUACCCUUGCCACUCAGGUCAAUCCCAUCAAUUUGCUCCGAGUGUAUCUAAAAUUCUUUUUACAACUUGAGCUCUGGCUCUUAUUUUGAUGUAGAAAGGAUUGGGUUUCAGCCGUAAUUGGAUGGAGAAACAGAUUCAAAAUUGAAAUCCAGAUCUUCUAAUUUGAAGGUUGGAUUCAACAUGAUGGAGAAGCUUAGGCUUUAAACCAGAAUUUCAAGUCGUCAUUUGUAGAAAAGGCCUGUUAUAUAAAGUCUGGACCAUCAAUUUGAAAUCAGGGAAGCAGACUCAGUGUGAAAAAAAAAAAAAAAACUAACAAUUCAGAAUGGACGUACGUGGCAGGAGUUUCUUACUUAGUCCAAGAAUAUACCCGGCAUAUAUCUGUAAAGUGCAUGUCUGAGCCAACGUAAAUUGUGUUGCAGUCCUUUUGAAAAAUUUUGCAUUAUAAAAGGACUAGCAAUUGUGAGCUUGUUUGUAUUAAUAGAUGCUUUGUAACGUAAAACAUGAAGCAGGUUGUUAACACCUCGAAAGUUUCUAUUGUAAUAUUCCCCGAUAGUUGUGUACAUUAAUUAAAGUGUUAUUACAGUCUGACGAUGUUAAUGUUUUGUCUCUAUAUAA